UUCCUUUUGUUGCAUCCGUUGCUUCGUCUCGUGUUCUACUUGAUGAUGAUAAGGUUUCGCUAUCUGCGGCCCCGAAUCCGGUUGCUUCAGCGAAAAGCAAUGUUUCUGGAUUGAGCCAGAAGCCUCCACCAAAACCUAACAACUCAACUGUUCCUGGUGGAUCUACCUAUCCACCACAACCCAGCAAGAUAGAGAAUAAAUCUCCACAAAAUUCGAUCUCUGGAGAGCAAACCAAGAAAGAUGAUGGUGCAACAGGAUAUCCGAGCAGGGAAGAAGACACUGCUAAAUCUGGAAGCUCUGGCUCGACUAAAGAGAAAAGUAUGAGCCCGACUAAACUGGAAGAUAAUUAUGUGGUAAAGGAGACUUGCGGACCUCAAUCUACUAGAUGCAUUAAUGAUAAGUUGGUCGCUUGUCUUCAACAUUCUGAAAAUGAUUCAAAUAAUUUGUCCCUUUUAGUCCAGAAUAUUGGGGAUGAUGAUUUUAAUGUGAAAAUUUGGGGAACACCUGCUUUACAUAUUGAUCAUGAUAUUGGACCUCUAUCCAGAAACAUCUCCAAGAAGAUUAAUAUUCCAGUUAAUUAUUGGAAUGUUACAGAAAUUGUUCUAAAUGCGGGAAAAGGGGACUGUGUUCUUCACAUUGCAACAUCAGUUUCUAACUGGAACCUUCUCCAGCAGUUCCUUGCUUAUGCACCUCGUCUGACCCCAAUUUAUGGCACCUACUUUUUACUUGUUACUGUGGUUCUUGUUGGUGGAGCAUGGGUCUGUUGCAGAUUUAGGAAGAGAGGAAAGAGAGAUGAUUCUGGCAUCCCAUACCAGCAGCUUGAGAUGGGAGCACACCCACAGUCCAGUUCUGCAGCUGACUCCAUGAUUGUUGAUGGCUGGGAUGAGUGGGAUGAUGAUUGGGAUGACGAAUCAGUGACAAGGCCUCAGAAACACACUACUCCUAGUGUUUCAUCGAAUGGUCUUACUUCAAGGACUCCAAAGAAAGAUGGUUGGGAUGCAGACUGGGAUGACUAGGCUUUUAACGAGGUAAGAGAAUGGAAGUUAUCCAAGAAAGAGGAAUGACCAAGGAAAGUCCAUCUCAAGGAAAGAAAAAAAGAAUGUUACAGCUUACAGAGUAUGAAGGUAGCAUCAGGUGGAUUUUGCAUGAGCAUUUCAGAUAGAGCUUGUCCUGCUUAAAAUGUUCAGAUGGGUUUCUUGGAAGAUGAAAGCAAUCGUGUGUUUGUAAAAUUUUGUACGCUAGAUUCAGUUGUCAUUCCAUAUUCCUUUCGGUUGAUACAUAAAACAAAGUUCUGUUGGCCGAGUCCAAUGAUCUUUGAUUGGAACAUUCAAUUUAUACAGUUACAAAAUGUGAAACUGUAUGAAUGGAUCUGUUUGGUUACAACUUCAUUCCCUGUGGAUGGUGAUUAAAUCUGAGUUGUCGCAUUGAAAGACAUUUACUUA